AAUUGCCAAAAACUUUCCCCCACAUUGUGCUUGGCAGCACUUGCUACUUUCUUUUAAGUGGAUUGUAAUAAUCAGGUCAGGGGUUUGUUCUGCAUACAAGGUCACGGCCAGAGUGAGCACUGAACUUUGGACUGUAGCUGAGGAGUGAGGUAAACAACAGGACUAUAAAUAUCGGAGUUUCUCACAGUGCUUUUGCGAGCAGCUGAGCUGAGCAAAGAGAAAGGAAGCUGCCCCUUCAGAAGGGGUGGGACAACACUAGCAAUGUGGAGAAGCCUAGGCUUAGCCCUGGCUCUCUGUCUCCUCCCUUGGGGGGGAACAGAGAGCCAGGAGCAAAGCUCCUUUUGUAAGCAGCCUCCAGCCUGGAGCAUAGGGGAUCAAGACCCAAUGCUGAACUCAUAUGGUUCAGUUACUGUGGUUGCUCUUCUUCAAGCCAGCUGAUACUUUUGCAUUCUACAAUCAUCUAGUUUGGAAGACUUGCGAGUAAAACUGGAGGAGGAAGGUUUUUCUAAUAUUUCUUAUGUUAUUGUUAAUCAUCAAGGAAUCUCUUCUCGAUUAAAAUAUACGCAUCUUAAAAAUAAGGUUUCAGAGCAUAUUUCUGUUUAUCAACAAGAAGAAACCCAAACAGAUGUCUGGACUCUCUUAAAUGGAAACAAAGAUGACUUCCUCAUAUAUGACAGAUGUGGCCGUCUUGUAUAUCACCUUGGUUUGCCUUUUUCUAGCUUAAGUUUCUUAUAUGUAGAAGAAGCCAUUAAGAUUGCUUACUGUGAAGACAAAUGUGGAAACUGCUCUCUCACGACCCUGGAAGAUGAAGGCAUCUGUAAAAAUGUAUCUUUGGUUACUGUGGAACAAACAACCGAGACUCCACAGCCACAUCAUCAUCACCAUCGCCAUCGCCAUCGCCAUCACCAUCACCAUCAUCACAAGCAUGAGCAUCAGCACAUUAGGAAUGGCCAGCUUUCAGAGAAUAAGCAACCAGAAGCACUAAGUGCACCUGAGCAUCCCCCUCCCCUAGGCCUUCAUAACCACCAUAAGCUCAAGGACCCACAAAUACAUGGUAAUUCAAACGACUGCUAUACGCCAGAAAGUGAAAAUUUGCAACUAUCUCUUUCACAAAAGAAACUCUGUGGAAAGAGAUGUAUAAAUCCAUUACUCUGUAAGUUGCUCAAAGAUUCAAAGUUGGCUCCUAGUAGCUGCUGCUGCCAUUGUCGACAUCUGAUAUUUGAAAAAACAGGGCCUGCAAUCACCUGACAGUGUAAAGAAAAACUCCCCUCCUUAUGUAGCUGACAGGGGCUUUGGGCAGAGGAGAAUGUCAUUGAAUCUUGACAGUGACGUUUGCCUCCAGCUGCCUGACAGGCAAGUCAGCAGCUCGAGCCCACAGAAGCCCGCACCAAUUGAAGCUGAAAAAAUAAGGCAAAAAUAUGA